AUGGCUAGUACAACGUCUUCCUCCUCAAGAGGCUCCAGUCCUCCAACUUCUCCGCGGCGGCCCUCGCAUCACACCGCUCGAAACCCUUCGCUGCAUGCACCCAUAACGCCGAGCCGUUUACGAGAAGCCACGACUUUGUCCCCAGUGGAUCGGAUGGCCAGGUCAAAAUCAAGCGAAGGGAUGGGCGCUGACAUUGAUCCGUUACCUCCAGCACUGCGGCAGAAUCAAAGCAUACCUACCGUUGCUGAGCCCGAGUCCAUGCUGGAUGAGGAAGAGAUUGCAGUCCAGGGUCAGAUAGAGGAACCCUCUGCAGAAGAGCUCAAUGUCAGGAGUGCACUCUUGGGGAACUAUCACCACAACCGCGUUUGCGGACUCAAGGAUUGCAAUCAUGGCACGUUUUCCCCCAGAGCGCCAUCACUGCGAAGUGAAGAGGAGAGCAUGGAUAGUAAUGCUGUACGGUUUGGCGGAGCCUAUGGCAAUGCUAUCGCUGACGACGGCGGCCCAAGAGAUGGCAUCCAUGGAGUCCUCGGCGAUUCUCUCGCCGACUCGAUUGGAGGCAGCAAAAGUCUGAGCACGACCAAAUGGCUUGCAAAGAAGCACGGUAUCAAGAGCCACAGAUGGAUGUACUUCUCAUACUACUUCCCCUUCAUCAAGUGGGUCCGGCAAUAUCGAUGGAGCUGGUUGCGAGGUGACAUAAUCGCUGCACUCACCAUGGCCUCCUUCUACAUUCCGAUGUCUCUAUCUUAUGCAUCGAAUCUGGCUCACGUUCCUCCCAUCAACGGUCUUUAUUCUUUCGUCUUCAAUCCGUUGAUCUACGCCUUUCUUGGAAGCUGCCCACAGAUGGUGGUGGGACCUGAGGCAGCUGGUUCCCUCCUGGUGGGCCAGGUCGUAAAAACUUCCAUCAACCAGGGCCAUUCAGGAGACAAUGAUGCUGUUCUCAAUGCGCAAAUCGCUGGAGUUGUGACAGCAAUAGCCGGAGCAGUGAUCUUUGUCGCCGGUCUAUGUCGACUCGGCUUCCUGGAUAGCGUGCUCAGUCGACCAUUCCUUCGUGGAUUCAUUAGCGCUAUCGGUUUUGUUAUUCUGGUCGAUCAGCUCAUUCCGGAGUUGGGGCUUUCAGCGGUAGGUCGAGGUAGCGAAAUCGCGCACGGCAGCAGUGCUCAAAAGUUGGUGUUUCUAUUCAGGAAUAUUGGGAAGUCUCAUGGUUUAACAACAGCUGUGUCGCUUACAAGCUUUGCUAUCAUCAUGCUUUUCAGAACUCUCAAACGGACGCUACAGCCACGAUAUCCCUCGGUUGCAUAUUUCCCCGAUCGCUUUCUGGUUGUCGUUCUCUCAGCAAUUUUCACCUGGCUCUUUGCUUGGGACGAGCAAGGUCUCUCGAUUCUGGGCGACGUCAAGUCCUCUGAAGGAUCAGCUAUUCCCUUUCAUUGGCCAUUCCAAUUCAGCCAUAUGAAACAUAUCGACACUGCCUUGAGCACUUCGUUCUUGAUUGCGCUACUCGGCUUCUUCGAAUCUUCUGUGGCCGCGAAGAGCCUCGGAGAUGGCACUCAUGGCUUGAAGGACAUGAACUUGAGUGCCAAUCGGGAAAUGGUUGCUUUGGGCGCCGCCAAUAUCGUUGGAGGCUGCUUCAUGGCUCUACCUGCCUUUGGUGGGUAUGGACGAAGCAAAGUCAAUGCAUCGACCGGCGGCACUACACCUAUGAGCAGCAUCAUGCUCAGCAUCAUCACGCUUAUAUGCGUCUUAUUCUUACUGCCGUACUUUUACUACAUUCCGAAAGGAGUACUAUCAGCCAUGAUUUCCGUGGUUGCAUAUUCACUCAUUGAAGAAUGUCCCCACGACAUCAAAUUCUUCCUCAAAAUCAGAGGUUGGACAGAGUUAUUGUUGAUGGGCGUCAUCUUUCUGGCAACCGUCUUUUAUUCUUUGUCCGUGGGGAUCGCACUCGGCAUCGGCCUCUCUUUGCUGCAACUCAUCCGACAUGCCACCAAACCUAGAAUACAGAUUCUCGGGAAGAUUCCUGGUACCACCAAUCAGUUCGAAAAUGCAGAGCUCAAUCCUGAGAACAUUGAAUACAUUGAGGGGUGCCUGAUAGUCAAGAUUCCAGAACCUCUAACUUUCGCAAACACUGGGGAGUUGAAGACACGUUUGCGGAGGUUGGAGCAGUACGGUACCAACAAGGCCCAUCCCUCGCUGCCGCGGGUACGACACGAAGAAAACAACAGAAAUGUGAUCUUUGACGUUCAUGGUGUCACCAAAAUCGAUGGGUCUGGCACCCAAGUGUUCACCGAAAUUGUGGACGACUAUGUAAAACGCGGUAUACGAGUCAUUUUUUGUCGACUGCCUUAUCGUCGGAGUAAGGUGUUUGUGGCUUUCGAAAGAGCCGGCAUUGUAGACUUGUGUGGCGGAAGAGGGCAUUUCGUGGGCAGCGUUGAAGAAGCAUUGCGCUUGUCAGAAUCAGAAGAUAUGGAGCGAUAUAUCGAGGAACGUACUGACCAUGACUACCGGCGAGAGACGCAUUGGUAG